AUGGCCUAUGAGACAGAAGAUCAUGAGACUCAAUACUGCUUUCCUGCCAUCAACUCAUCGUGCGUCAAGACAAAACGCUCCACACAUGAAUACAAUAUCAUGUAUGUGUUUCUUUCAUUGCUGUCAGUAUGGACUGUGUUUCUGAAUCUGCUGGUGAUCAUCUCCAUCUCUCACUUCAAGAAGCUUCACACUCCAACCAACAUGCUCAUUCUCUCUCUGGCUGUGGCCGACCUGCUCGUAGGACUUAUUAUUAUGCCGCUGGAUGCCAUCAAACUGAUUGAAACGUGCUGGUACUUUGGAGACAUUUUCUGUGGACUGUUUUUAAUAACCAUGGGGAUGCUAUUCUCAGCAUCAUUUAAUAGUCUUGUAGUCAUUGCUGUUGACCGUUUUGUUGCAGUGUGUUACCCUUUACAGUAUGAACGCACAGUAACAACGACUAAAACUGUAAUAGUCAUCUGUCUCUGCUGGUUUUACUCCACAGCAUAUAAUACUACUAUUGUAACUAGCAACAAUUUCUUUAAUAGCUCACACAGAACAGAUGGCUGUUAUGGAGACUGUACCUUUGCAACUGGUCUGGCAUGGAGAGUUGCUGACCAGAUUGUGUCCUUCUUUUUGCCUUGUAUUCUCCUAAUCACUUUGUAUUUGAGGAUAUUUUAUGUUGCAAAACAGCAGGUGAGAGUUAUAAACUCUCUGGUGAAGAGAGGUAAACAUGUAACAGAACGUUCAAUGAGGAGAAUAUCUGAGAGCAAAGCCGCUCUGACAUUAGGACUCAUUGUGGUCAUUCAUCUGCUUUGCUGGUUGCCAAUCUAUUUUUUUUCUCUGUGUACUACAGUAAUUCCCGUUGCUGUCUUAAACUCCAUUGUGUGGAGCAUGUAUAGUAACUCAGGUAUAAAUCCUCUCGUCUAUGCUUUAUUUUACCCUUGGUUUCGAAAGGCAAUUAAACACAUUAUAACUCUUAGAAUAUUUAUCCCAGCAUCCUCCCUUGUUAAUACUGUUAUGGAUCAUCAUUCAUGA